GCGAUUCCUCAAUGAAAGCGGCGGUGCCCUCUGUGUGUCCUAUCCCCCUAGCAAAAAGCCACGUUGCACCAACUUCCAAUUGCUAUUUUUUGCUGCAGCUUGACACUUUCUCUUCUUCGCUCAGUUCACUGCUUCCGCUUCCCUUCUCGUAUAGACCUUAUCCUCCCUCCUCUUCCCUCACUCUAGCAUUAUUUAUCCCACUCUACUCUGAGCCGUUAACGUAUCCGAAAAGGCAGCUCUUACACUAUGUCCCGGAGGUCCUUCUCCGCCGUCAGCUCCAGCUCGCCGGUCGCUUCCCAGAAGCGUUCCUGGGUCAAAACCGCAGUCGCUUUUAUACCCUUCCUCGCCCUCGUCAUCUCCGCAUGGCUUUAUGCCAUCCACCUCGACACAGUAGCCAACCAAUCCAUGGUCCGGUCCAAGGAACAUGCAAGGAGUUCCAAGGAGUCCAGUUCGUCAAAUGAUCCGCAGUCGACUUCAUCUAAUCAGGAAAACAUUGUUAUCGGCGACAGCAAGGACAAUAUAUUUUACUUUGUCCAGGUGUCUGAUCUACAUAUCAGCAUGUUUAGGAAAGCCAGUACCGCCAAUUUCUAUACAUUCCUCUCUACGGCUCUGCCUCUCGUCGAACCCUCAUUUGUGGUUGUCACAGGCGAUCUCACGGAUGCGAAGGAUAAGCAUCUCGUUGGCUCGAUGCAGUACAUGGAUGAGUGGAACACCUACAGGGACGCACUCGAGGAGUCCGGCGUGUUGACAAAGCGGAACGGAUCCUACUGGCACGACCUUCGAGGUAACCACGACUGCUUCGAUGUGCCCAGCUGGGACAGUAAGGAGAACAUGUUUAAGGAUAUGAGUGCGACCAGGGCGCCAGGGUUCAUGUUCGAUGUCAAAACGGAUUAUGGCAAGUAUGGCUUUAUUGGGAUCGACGCAUGCCCCAAACCGGGACCGGCAAGGCCGUACAACUUCUUUGGGUUGUUCGAGACACCGGACAUGGACAAUCUGAAGCGGCGUCUAGAGCUGAGCAAGGGCAACAAUCAUACUUUUGUGUUCUCGCAUUACCCAGUGACGACCACGAUGUUUGGCGAGACUUCUCUCGGUGAGAGCUUUGCAGAUCUUUCAAAGUCAUUCAGCGUAUAUAUGUGUGGUCAUUUACACAAGCUGAAGUGGGGCUUGGGAGAUGCACUUCAAACAUAUCAGCCAACACACUUUCUGGAAUUAGAGGUCGGAGAUAUGAAGCAAAACGGGAUCUACAGGAUUAUGGUCGUCGAUCACGACAUGAUUUCAUUCACGGAUGUACCCAUGUCCACAAAGACUAUCCCAUCGGCCCUCAUGCCCAACCUUGAGGUGGAGCAGGAAGUGGAAGGCGGAGUAGGAGAGGCCGAUCCAGAGGGGCAAGAAGGUGGCGAGAAAACGGAGAGGAAACGGCCAGCAUUAGGUCCCAGGCUACCCACCAACCCCAUCAUUGUGGUGUCGAACCCCAAGGACUCUCGAUACCUGAUUCCAAAGCACGAGCCCGUUGGCAGGAUCGGAACGAGUACUCAUAUUCGUUUCCUGGCGUGGACUGAUAAUCAGGUCCCUGAUGGCGAACAUGAAUAUGUGAGAAAGGACAUCAGGAUUGAGAUUAGGAUCGACGGGAAGCUGCAUGAGAAACCCGCGCGCUUUGCAGGAACAAAGGCUGAGGACAAGACUGAGGACGAGGAAUUUCUCCCGCUUUACGUGUCCGAGUGGGACCCACAGGUGUUCAGCGAUGGAGGGGACCACGAGAUGGAGAUCAAGAUCGUGGACAGAUUUGGUCGUGUGGGAAGCAGCCGAACUGUCUUUAGAGUCGACGGAGAGCGAUCCGACAUGAAGGGCGGGUUUGCGGAGUGGAUUAUGUGGGUCAACAUUGCGAUGAUGCUGAAGGCGCUCUUCACAACAGGAUACCUUGCAGUGGCCCUGCUUCUGUUGAUCCUGCCAAAGCUUUACUCGCUUUACCUUCAGACCUCUCCGCCACCAGCAAUUCCGUCAAAUCCCAAAACUGCCACCGACAUGUCUGCCGCGUAUACCCGUGCGCAUGGCGAAGCACAGUUCAAGAAUGGAUAUGAUGCAUGGCUGGAUCGAAAGCGUCGACACUUGUACCGCCUCUCCUCGACCCUAUCCUUCGGUUCGUCGGGCCACCGAUUCUGGAACCGAUUUGUGAACCACACGAUCCACGCGCAUGUCCUCCGCUUCGUCCACUUCUCGACCCAACCGCUGCUGUUCUACACGACUUUAAUCUUUACGCUGAUGCUGGUCACGGUUCCGCAUUACUGGGGCAACUUUGUUCCUGCUGCAGGAGAGCAAGGACAGGGAUACUUCUACUUGCAGGGAAUUUACCUACCAAAUGCCGGUGGACAUCUGGGAGGCGGAUUGGGCGCAGCAAGUUUGGACCCCGCAGGACCUGAGAGGGUUCAUCGGCCGUUGAGCGUCCUCGCAGGUGCGAUUUCAUCUGUGACAGGAGGACGGCUGUCGGUUGCCACUGAAGGAUCAUCUGGAUAUGAUAGCCUAGCAGGUACUUGGAUUCCCAUGGCAGAUACAUGGAUGAGCGCCAUCUGGACGGUAAUCUACGACCUCGUUAUCUUUUUGUACUACCUCACCUUGUGCGCCACGCCCUCCGGUUACUUGUACUCGCCCUCGAACCCGCACCGCCUCAGGCCUUAUCAUCGGACAUGGUACAUUCGGUGCCUGAUCUUUGGUAUCUGGGUAUUCAGGUGCUGCUCAGUACUAAUGACCGCAGAGCUGUAUGGCCCAAGCGUGAUCUGGACAGGCAUCGGUACCUGGUGGCUCGUUGUGGUGGGCUGGUUAAUGUUCAUGGUCGGGUGGAGCCGGUCUCGAAUUGAGAGAGAUGUUCUUCUGCGGAGAGGAGACGAUGAUGCGAUAUAUGGUGAAGACGUGGAGGUGACAGAGCGAGCCGCUGGAGGACAGGAGACAGUUGGACUGCUGGACGAGAUCGAUGAAGAGAGUGCGGCAUCCGACGAGUUGGAGGUCCAAACAGGCAGCAAUGGCACAAAGAAAAACAAGCGCAUGCAGAGGAGUCGAUUGCUUCAGGCUGAUGCUUAGAUAUUAUCACAUUUGUAGAUUAAGAUAAAUAACC